CAACAAAACCACUCCCGCUCCAUCUUCACACCCACCUGCGGCGGCUGACGGCUCCUCUUAAGCUUAUACGUCGGAGUCGGAAUCGGAAUCGGAGACCACACCACUACGAGUAUAUAUCCUACUAAAUUGGCACACUACACACCUUUCAACUCCUAUUAAGAGCUUGGAGAAAUGGCGUACCAAGGGAGCAGCUUGAAAUCAACCUCCAUAAACGGAGUAAAGAUGUAUACAAUCGCCGCCCAAAACCGCUCACUUGCUACAUGGCUACCUCCUAAGAAGCUUAGAGCACUACGCAAAAAUCCAGAUUAUUUGCAGAGACUGGAGUUGGUACAGGAUUUGAGGUUUGAGACCUCAACGUCUAGAAUUAAGGUGACACCCGAUGGAGAGUAUCUCAUAGCCUCAGGCAUUUACCCUCCACAAGUCAAAGUCUACCAGCUUGGGCAGUAUUCACUCAAGUUUGAAAGACAUUUGAUUUCCGAAAUUAUUAACUUUCAGAUAUUAGAUGAUGAUUAUUCAAAGAUCGCAUUUCUUUGUGCUGAUCGUUCUAUCUGCCUUCAUGCGAAAUAUGGGAGUCACUACAGUUUGCGAAUCCCAAGGAUGGGACGAGAUAUUGCCUAUGACAGCUGGUCUUGUGAUGUUAUUUGUGCUGCUUCUUCUCCAGAUCUAUAUAGGAUAAAUUUAGAACAGGGACGUUUCCUAUCCCCUCUUAGCACGCAAUCACCAGCUUUGAAUGUAGUGUCCAGAAGCAAAGUCCACGGAUUAGUUGCUAGUGGUGGUGAGGAUGGAGCUGUGGAAUGCUUUGAUAUCAGGACAAGGUCUUCAGUUGGUCGAAUAGACGCUGUUGCAUCUGCUGGUGACAUUGACGCGGAGGUUACUGCAAUUGAGUUCGAUGAAGGUUAUCUCAUGGCUGUUGGAAGCAGUUGUGGGAAGGUUCUACUAUAUGAUUUGCGCUCAUCUAAUCCUAUGCGAGUAAAGGAUCACAUGUAUGGUAGCCCAAUUCUAAACAUUAAGUGGCACAAGACACUAAAUUCUCAGCAGUCAAAAUUAAUCACUGCAGAUAAACACAUAGUCAGGAUUUGGGACCCUGAGACGGGAGAAGGUAUGACUAGCAUUGAACCGGCUGGUGGCAAAAUUAAUGAUAUAUGUGUUUUCAAAGAAAGCGGAUUAAUUUUGUUGGCUCUGGACAGUAACCAAAUACCAUCUUACUUCAUACCGGCCCUUGGACCUGCUCCAAAGUGGGCUGCUAAUAUAGAGAACUUAACGGAAGAGCUUGAAGAAGAUGGGCAAACAACUAUUUAUGACGAUUACAAAUUUUUGACAAAGGAGGACCUGGCGAAACUAAAUUUGACUAGUUUGAUUGGGACAAAUCUUCUAAGAGCCUAUAUGCAUGGUUUCUUUAUUGAUUACCGGCUAUAUAAGAAGGCUCAAAGUUUGGCUGAUCCUUUUGAAUAUGACACUUAUAUAGAGAGGCGAAAGCAGGAAAAGUCAGAAGCUGAGCGUGCCUCGAGAAUUACGAUGAAGAGGAAGCUGCCUAAAGUUAAUCGCACUCUGGCAUCCCGAAUUCUUGAAGAGGAAGAAGAGCAGAAUGACAAAGUUGCUGAUGGUGCUGAUGUUCAGACUACAACAGAUGCUAAGAAAACAUCAAAGAAAAAGAGAGGUCUUACCAGUGAAGUUCUUAAAGAUGAGAGAUUUACAGUACUGUUUAAAAAUAAGGACUUUGAGGUUGAUGAGUCGUCAAAAGAAUACAUGGCUCUGCACCCUAUGGCAACAACAACAAAGAAAACAUCUUUGCUGGAGGAGCAUUUUGAAACAGUUGAAGGAGAGGAUGAAGAGAGCGUUAGUGGUUCUGAUGGAACUGGAUCGUCAGAUGAUGAGAAUAGCAAUUCCAAAUUGAAGAAAAAAGUACAAGCUCCUCCUAGGUUAUAUGAAGUGAAGGAUAAAAGGCACGCAGAAGCAUUCUGGAAUAAUAAAUCACUUGAAGGUGAGGAUUCUCUUCCUUUGGGGGAAAGGGCAGCUGCUCUCAAUAAGCAACCACAGAGAAGUUCAAGGGAUGUGGUCAAACAGGGACAAGGAGGUUCACGAGAGAUCUCUUUCAAUCCCAGAAGCUCCGCCAGAUUCAACGAGUAUGACGACGAUGACCGGAGCGCACGUCCUGAUAAGACUAGGAGAGGUGUUGGAUCACUGAAACUACCUUCUUCCGGUGGUAGAGGUGGUGGCAGAGGUGGUGGUAGAGGUGGUGGCAGAGGUGGUGGUGGCUUCCGUGGCAAGAGCAGAGGAAGAGGCCGUCGCUAAAUCUACCACAAACACAGAGAUUCCCAAAAAGCCAAGAAUGCAUUGGUUUGUGUGGUUAGAAUAGAAUGGACCAGAAAUUACGAAUAGGGACAUGGUGGGGCGGGCUCGAAACUUGCGAUGUAAGAACCCAUCAUUAUCAGAUUUAUACCAGUAUACAACAAAUGAACUGAUUUGUAUAACCUUGUGUAAUUUAUCGACAGGAUAUUGUUGUGGUCUUUUUCUAGUUUUUCUUGACUUGUAAUGUUAUUUCAUUCAAAUUUUGAUGGACUUCAAGUUCUCAUUUAUUUUCGUUUCA